AUGGACUACGACGCGAUGCUCAUGGACGACGGCGAGUCGUUUGGCCCCGCCGUCAAGAUCUCUCAAGCCGACCUCGAGCGCGUCAAGUUUGAGCUGACCAACGUCGACCUGUCCUUUGCCAACUCGGUGCGCCGCAUCGUGCUCGCCGAGGUGCCCACCAUCGCCAUCGACAUUGUCGAGGUCGAGGAGAACACGAGCGUGCUUGCCGACGAGUUUAUUGCCCACCGCCUGGGCCUCGUGCCCCUCAAUUCCAAAAAUGCCGACGACGUCGUCUACUCGCGCGACUGCGACUGCGAGCAGUACUGCGAGUUGUGCUCCAUCAAGCUGACCCUGCACGCCAAGUGCACCAGCGACGAGAUCAUGAAGGUGUACGCGCGCGACCUGGUCGUCGACCCGUCGCGGCCGAACCAGUGGGUGGGCACGCCCGUGAUCCGCGACCCAGACGGCCUGGGUGUCAUGAUUGCGAAGCUGCGCAAGGGCCAGGAGCUGCAGAUGACGUGCAUUGCGAAGAAGGGCAUCGCCAAGGAGCAUGCCAAGUGGUGCCCGACGGCCGCCGUCGGCUUCGAGUACGACCCUCACAACAAGCUGCAUCAUCUGGAUAUGUGGUACGAGCAAGAUCCAGCAAAAGAGUGGCCCCCAACUGAGAACGCUCGCCUCGAGGAGCCCCCCCAGGAAGGCGAGGUGUUCGACUACGACGCAGUUCCCGGCCGCUUCUACUACGACAUCGAGUCCACUGGCCAGAUGGAGCCCGACGCCAUCGUCCAGAACGGCAUCAAGGCCCUACAGCAGAAACUGGCCGCGCUCAUCCACGAGCUGAAUGCGACAGAAGGCGGCGGCGGCGUCGACGACGAUCUCGGCGGCAACGACGACUACAACCCUCAGUCGCCCGAGUACAACGGCAUGAACGGCGGUGCUGGAGCUGACUCGUGGCAAGACCAGGGCUAUACCACACCCUAUGCUGCGGGCGGCGGUGGCGGUGGUAGCGGCGGCCAAGGUGGCUGGGGUGCAGGCGGCACGACGCCGUACGGCCAGACCCCGUACGGCAACGCCGGCCAGUCGGGCUGGAACUAA